CCAAGUUACUUUACUGGUCUUACAUGGUGCCAUGAGGGAUAGUAAUUGUAGAAUAAAUGUACCGAGCUUCUUGGUAUAUGGUUGGAACAUAAAUACUGUUUAAUUGUGAAUUAGACUUGGUGUCAUAUAUCGAAUUUGAAUUCAUCUAUUUUCCUAGUUAUUUUGUAAAGAUGAAUAUCUUCUUUUGAAGAAAUGUAUCUAUUCUUAUAUAUGUGCUAUAUAUGUGCCUCUUUCUAUCUCUAUAACAUAGAGAAGUUUCUAUAUUAAUACUUCAUUGUUGAUUCAUACACUUUUAUGCUCUUUUUUUAUUUAUCUAAUACCUCAAUUAUUGUCUUUUCUGCAACGAACUUUUCAUUUUAUAUCUUCUGCAUGCAUUAGCUGGAUGUUAAUUACUUCUUGAUUUUAAUUUAUUCUUUAUAAGAUCCCUUUUCAUGGAGAAAAGAGCUUUAUAAACGAUGUGAUGUUUUCAUAACUUCUGACUUGGUGAUGCAGGAAAGGUCUUUUUAGUUUGAGGUAAGGUGUUAGCUUGAGUCCAGAUUCUAGACUAGUCUGAUUUUGUGACAAGUUUCAUUAUAUUUUCUUUCAUUCUUUUAGUACUUCUUGAUAUAAUUUUUUCCAUCACCUUUAGUUGUUACUUUACAAAGUGUUUAUUUGUCUUACCUGAAUGCUCAUGAAUCCUAUUUUAGGUAUAAGUUAGUUGAUUUGCUUAACAGUAUAUGGUAGAGAGAUGAUUAUGGUUGGAACUUGGGAGAAGGAUAUUAAAAGAAAAUUUUGGGGGAGUUUCACUCACUAAGUAGGUGUAUGUUCUUCUUUUCCCUUAAAACAAAGCUCAAGUACAAUUGAAUCAACACAAAUUUAACUUGCAGUUGAAAUCUCAAAGAAGAUUUAAAAUAAAUGAACAUCUUUAUGUUUCCUAGGUUGCAUAUCUGAAUCCUUCACAUAUUGGAAUACUUCCUUUCCUUGUAUCUUCAGUAGCCAGAUUUAUUGUCAAUCCGAAUACUGCUGUGUUGACAACCAGUGAGAUCCUAUUUUGGGUAAGUGAUAACUGCCCGAUACUUAAUUCUAAGUAGGGUUCUUAAAGAAACUACAUGCCUGUCUGUUUUAAAGCUCAAGUAAUAAAUCCUUUUGGGAUAUAGCUGGCUACUCUUUCCUACUACAACUGUGACCGUCAACCAACUAAUAAAAGGAUUCUUAAAUUGCAUGUAUAUCGUGCUCAAAACUAUUACAAAAUUGGACAGAAACAGAUGUAAUUCCAAAGCUGGAUUAUCUUGAACUGACAUAAACUAUAGUUCAUUAGCUGCCUGUCUUCAAGUUGAAGAAAAAGGAGCCAAGAUGCAGAAAAAAGGUUUGCCGGCUUGCUGAUAAUAGUCAAUUUGCUUAUUAUGUCUACUUAGUUGGCAGUGUGAUGGUGUAGGUUUUGGCAUCCUUACAGCUCAUACUAGAUUUCAACUAUUUUUGGUCCUUUUUUGUCUUAUUAAUUUUUGAUAGACUAUGUAUAUGCUUAGUACAUAAAUAUUUUGAUGCCUCGUAUCUUGUUAUGAACAAAUCUUUAUACACAAGAAAUUAGAUGGAACUCUUUAGACGCCUCAUUUUUUUCAAUGAGGACAUCGGAGAUAUAUUUGAUUGAAUUUUUUUAUUGAAGUUUUUGAACUGCUGAAAUUAGUACAUCGAGCAAUUCUCAUCACUUCCCAUCGAUCAUAUUCAAUUUAUCAGGGUUGCUAUUGUGAUUUUUCUUUGUUUUUCCAAGGAGUUUUCCCUUACCCCAGUUAGUCUUUAUAUUGUAUUGGAAUUUCUAGGGGUUUUCUAGAACAAGCAUUCACGUAUUGAGAUAUUCUGCAUGUACCAGCAAAGACAUUUCAUGCUGACACGUUGUCAAGACUCGAUACAGAUUGGGACAUUUUGACACCAUGUCAGGGUUACACUAACUUACAUACUUUGUUAUUCCAAAUUGACCAUACUACGUAGAAAUCGAGCAGAUUUUGUUUACUGGCCAAUAUAACGCCACAAAUUUAUACUUCUAGCACAUGUUUUGUAAAGUCUAGUGCUUCAGACAUUGUUGAAGAGCAAAGGGUAAUUGCCACACUGCCAAUUCCUUCCAAUGUCUCCCACCGGAAAGUAAGUGGGAUCAAGGAAAACACCUAUGUUGCUACAACCUGCAGUAAUACAGAAUUCCAACAAUCAAUGAAGGACCUAAAUGAGAAAAUUGGAGUGGUAAAGGAAGAUAUCAAAGUAAGAACACAGAAAACCACAGAGAAGUUAUAUAGGACAGUUGAUGAUGUUUGGACAGAAGCUGAAACAGUAUCAAAGAAGGUCUCUGAAAAUGUGAGAGAGCAGUUAUCAGCUGCUAAAGAAGAGGUCAAAGACACGCUCGGACUUGGAAAGCAGGAGCCGUCUACAUCGUCCAAUUCAUCAAGCACUUCCAGUCCAAAUGAUGGAAGCACACCAACAUCAGAAGCAGAGAAAUUUCAAAAUUUUAAAGCUAACAGUAACGAAGAAUCAUCUGGAGAAACAGAAACACUGUUUGGCAAGUUCAAGUCCACAGUUUCAUCAACUUCUCCUACAGUCUCCCAAGCAUUUCGGAAAUUGACGGAAGCAAAGAUCACAAACUUAGCUAGGAAAGGAUAUGAAAUAGUAAAAGAUGAGCUGAGCUCUAACCAAACCAGGAAAAAGCGCAUGCAGUAUGCUUCUGCUUCUGUUUCAUCUGAACCAAGAAGCACAAGAACUGAUAUAGUUGUUGUUCCUACAAAAAAAUCAAUUUUAGGUGAGAAAUGGGAGGCAUUUAAGAAGAAGAUGCAUGACCAUCCUAUUUUUAAGCACGUUAGUGGCUACAGCCAACCAGUUGUAACAAUGGGACAAGAGUUAGCGGAGGACAUGCGAGAGAGGUGGGAGACAAGCGACAGUCCUGUUGUUCACAAGAUUCAAGAUUUGAAUGAAACUGUUUUUGGAGAAACUGCAACUGCUCUGUCUUUCAAGGAAAUUCGACGCCGAGAUCCAUCUUUUUCGCUGCCAGACUUUGUUGCUGAAGUUCAAGAAAUGAUCAGGCCUGUUCUGACUGCUUAUUUCAAGUGUGAUGUUGAAACUUUGAAGAAGUAUUGCAGUCCUGAAGUGAUUGAACGAUGUAAGGGAGAGCGAAUGGCUUAUGAGAGUCAAGCCAUGUUUUUCGAUAACAAGAUUCUCCACAUUUCUGAGGUUGAUGUUCGGGAAACUAAAAUGAUGGGUUCCUCUCCUAUAAUUAUAGUAGCUUUUCAAACACAGCAGAUCUACUGUGUGCGUGAUAGAGAAGGCUCAAUAACAGCUGGUGGAAAGGACACAAUCCAGACUGUAUAUUAUGCAUGGGCUAUGCAGCAAAUGGAUGCCGAGGAGCUUGGAGAAGGAGCAUACUACCCACAAUGGAGGUUACGAGAAAUGCAGCAACUGGGGGUUCAAUCACUUAUCUAGGAUUGACCACCGUCGUACCAUGGUCCCAAGGUGUUUUCUCGGGCGUUGGCUGCUUCAAGAGAAUCUAUGACCAUUUCAGUUUAACCAAUCUCUUAGGAGAAGGUGCCAUUUUUCCGUAUACAGAUGAAGCGAACCUCUGAAAAAAUCACCUUAAAAUAAUUGUUUUCUUCAUCAUGGUGGGUUGUUUUGAGGAGGAAGGCUAUUCUUUUUCUUUGUAAUAUGAUCAGCAAAAUUUGAUACCCAGAGGGUUCAUAGUGGUGUAUAAUGUACUAGUAAAAUUGAGCUGCUGAUUCCAAUUUUGUUUUCA